AAGAAGUUUGAGAAGCACUGCGCGAUUGUGAUCUGAGGCGGGCGCGUUAAAGGGUUAAACAUUCGGAGGAGGUUUUCCGGGAACAACUCGAAAGUCGUCCUCGGCCCUCACACGUCAUCCAGGACUUGAUCGGCUUUGUUCCAAUCUCCACACGGAGACACACAGGAUGUCGGUGACCAUGACCAAGGCGGACGGAGUGAUGAUACUGACGCUGACCUCCAACCCCAAAAGUCGCUUCCCCCCCCUGUGCCAAAUCUUUGGGGGCCUGUGCUACAGCCCCGCGUGCUGCUCAGUGUCCCGCCACCUGAGGGGCGUCACGGGGACUUCUCAGUCCGUUCUGGGGGCGCUGCACAUCAUGGUGGGCUUGCUCAACAUCGGCCUGGGCGCCAUCCUCAUGUGCAGUGGGCAUGCCUCCAGCUGGGAAAUGGAUUCAAGCGCCUUUCCUCACUGGUUGGGAGCACUGUUCAUCGUCUUCGGCAUCGUCUGCAUUUUGUCCGAGAAGUUCCCGAGUCCGUGUCUGGUGUUGGUCAAUGUGAUUCUGAACUUCUCGGGCAUCGCCUUCGCUAUCGCCGGCAUCGUCCUUUACGCCAAGAACGUGGCCUACGUGUACUUGUGGCGAGAGUGCCGAGAUUACGACGUUUACGACGGUUACGAGUCCGGCAGGCUCACCGCGACCACCCCGAGUCCCGCCGCGCAAAAUUAUUUGGAGCGCUGCAGGGAGGGGAAAGCCCUGACUCUGAUGUUGCUGAGAGGCGUCAACGGCGUCGCCAUCGUGCUGUGCGUUCUGGAACUGUGCCUGGUCGUCAGCUCCUGCGUGCUCGCCAUCAAAUCUUUGUGCCGCAGCGGCGACGACGACGACGACGACGACAGCGACGGCGACGGCAGCUGCGACGACCGCUGGCAGCAGAGCCGCGCCAAAGCAGACGGAGGAUACGAGCCGCUCCCGGAGGAAGUCGUGGCGUGAACGCGCCGCAUUCAUUCAUUCAUUCAUUCAUUCAUUCAUUUUCAUAGAUUUAAUUAAUAUUAAUAAUUUGUUUAUAUUAUAUUUUACAGUUCAUUUGAAUUGUAUUUCAUUUAUUACAAAACAUUUUAUUGCUCCAUUUUUGUAAUAAAUAUCAAAACUAAAUUAGGUGAUUUGAAUGAAUUGUCCAAUUAACUCAUUGUUUUUUUUUUUUUGAUGACUCAUCUGAAAAAAAAUAAAUAAAAAGGCUUGUAUUAUCUUUUGA